AGUCCCGUCACUCAACGCCGCUGCGGAUCUCAGUCGACAACAAUGGUGCCCCCUAAGUCCGGAAAGAAGGUUGCCUCCCUCCCUUACCCCCAGGGUAAGGCUGGUUCCAAGAAGGCCGCUAAGAACCCUCUCAUCGAGAAGCGUUCCCGCAACUUCGGCAUUGGCCAGGACAUCCAGCCCAAGCGCAACCUGAGCCGCUUCGUCAAGUGGCCCGAGUAUGUCCGCCUCCAGCGCCAGAAGAAGAUCUUGAACCUCCGCCUCAAGGUCCCCCCUUCCAUCGCCCAGUUCCAGAGCACCCUGGACCGCAACACCGCCGCCCAGACCUUCAAACUCCUCAACAAGUACCGCCCUGAGACCAAGGCCGAGAAGAAGGAGCGUCUCCACGUCGAGGCCACCGCCGUCGCCGAGGGCAAGAAGAAGGAGGAUGUCUCCAAGAAGCCCUACAACGUCAAGUACGGUCUCAACCACGUUGUCGGCCUCGUCGAGAACAAGAAGGCCUCCCUCGUCCUCAUCGCCCACGAUGUUGACCCCAUCGAGCUGGUCGUCUUCCUGCCCGCCCUCUGCCGCAAGAUGGGUGUCCCUUACGCCAUCGUCAAGGGUAAGGCCCGUCUCGGUACCGUCGUCCACAAGAAGACCGCUGCCGUCCUCGCUCUCACCGAGGUCCGCUCCGAGGACAACACCGAGUUCUCCAAGCUCCUCUCCGCCAUCAAGGAGGGUUACACCGACAAGUACGAGGAGUCCCGCCGCCACUGGGGUGGUGGUAUCAUGGGCGCCAAGGCUGUCGCCCGCCAGGAGAAGAAGCGCAAGGCCGUUGAGGGUGCCAUCCGUGUCUAAGCUAGUCUCGUGUCACUAGAUCCCCAGAUACCACAAAAAAAGCUUAGUUAUGUGAACCGAAAAAAUUUCACUGCACUGACGGGUUACCACAAAAAGAUCUCUUAUACCCAAACGAAACCUUCAAUGACGCGGUCUUUUACCUUUUUCCUCCAUGUACAACCUUGCAGAUACCCCCUCUUCAUGAAUGCUAUUUUCC